CAGAACCUAUCUAAAAGUCAACUCAGCAACACACCUCACCUUCUACCAUGAAGUUCGAUAUUGGCAAUCUUGUUUUGGCGGCGGCUUUGCUGCUUGCUGGAGGAAAAGGAGCAAUGGCGUUCGACUGUGAGGUGUUGCAGUGUUUCCAGGACCAUGGCGACAAUUUACCCAUUCAUCAGACGGUUCCUUUCUGCCACAGUGAUGAUAUGUACAUCGGUCCCGAGGGUGGGCAGCAAACCUGCCGCUGCUUCAAGGAUGCGUGCAGUCUCUUCAAGUCUCGAUGUGAGGGUCGUGGGUGGCGAGUACACACGCUUGGGGGCUGUGUUUGUACUGGGCCGAGCGCCUGCUGAUUGGAAUGAGGGUUGGCGAGAACGAUUGGACCACAGUCAUAUAUUCUAGCUAGAAAAGGAAAGGCUUAAGUGAGG